AUCUAAACAAUCUAAACAUUAAACGGUCCAGCUGCCUCAAAUCCCUGGGAAUUUCAGAAUGACUGACACUUCUGAAGCUGUUUCAAAUUUUGAAGAGAUGUUUGCCAGUAGAUUCACAGAAGAUGACAAAGAGUACCAGGAAUACCUGAAACGCCCUCCUGAGUCCCCUCCAAUUGUUGAGGAAUGGAAUAGCAGAGCUGGUGGGAACCAAAGAAAUAGAGGCAAUCGGUUGCAAGAUAACAGACAGUUUAGAGGUAGGGAUAGCAGACGGGGGUGGCCAAGUGACAAUCGAUCCAAUCAGUGGCAUGGGCGAUCCUGGGGUAACAAUUACCCACAGCACAGACAAGAACCUUACUACCCCCAUCAAUAUGGACACUAUGGUUACAACCAACGGCCUCCCUAUGGCUACUACUGAUAGAAAUGUCAGCAGCUUUUAGUAAAACCAUUCACUCUGUUAACAUGACAAAAGUUUAUGUUGUAUUUUCUGUUGGUCAUAGUUUUACAUCUGAUUGUAGAGAGUGGAUUGAUGUUUUGGAACUUGAGACUUUUUUAAAAUUAGAUCUUACUGGAGAGAUAUGAUGGCUGCUGGAAAUAUCAAUAAAUACUCCCCUAAAAAGGUUGUGGAUUAUAUUGCUUGACUUCUACCUCAGAUUCUUCUUUAUUUCAUGACUUAAUAGUGCUUUGAAUGUUGUGAAUUUUUUCCUUGUUUGACUUUGGGGAGUUAUUUGUUUUACACAGAAAUAAAAAUUUUACAUAGAAGAUGCUUGCUUUUACUUUGUAAGGUAAGGAAGUAUCCCUGUACUCGGAUAUGCUCAUUCCUAAUAUUUUACAGAAGUAGUACAGUCAGCUCCUAAGUGCACAACUGUGCUCACUUGUGAUGUAUUUUACAUAGUAGUAGUUGAAAGGAAAACAGUUACAGUAUAUUUCAUUUGGCUUUUGUUAUUAUGUGACUGUGGUACUUUGUAAUUACUCUAUAGAUAUGAAUCAUCUUCACAAUCGUUUUGGUCUCUUUUUAGAGGGAUAUCAAGAAUAAAGCUGUAAAAUCAGGAAGGA